CCACAAUCUUGAUAUGUGAGWAUACAGAUUUGGGAUUUGAAGGAACCCAUAGUUGGUGGAUGGAGGGUGUGGGAGUACAGGGAMCCCACAUCAAGUUGUGUGAUAAUGCCUCUCUUUCCUCAUACAUUGUCUAACUCAGUAAGUAACAUUAUAUUUUUGGCUUAUUUUCUACGCAAUGCCACUGCACUGAAAAUGGGAAUGUGAACUACAAGUUGCUAAUGAGUGCAGAGAAUAUCUCGUGUAGAUUUUGUGAGUGGGGUGACCCUCUGUUCCUGGAGUGGGUGYGAGUGUCACCCUAGGUAGACAAACUCCAAAUGUCAUGAACUGGUGUCAUUGCAGUACGAAAGGGACACCUGAAUUCUAACUYAAAAGUCAGGAUGGAGGCCAUAAUGCCUGAACCUCAGAUUUAUGUGGAAAGAACUCUGGCUAUCAUCAAACCAGAUGUCAUCGAUAAAGAAGAAGAAAUAGAGCAUGUCAUUCUCCGGUCAGGAUUCCACAUCAUUCAGAAACGGAAGCUCCAGUUAAGCCCAGAGCAAUGUAGCAACUUCUACGCAGAACAAUUUGGAAAAGUGUUUUUYCCCAAUUUAACAGCCUAUAUGAGUUCUGGCCCUAUAGUUGCUAUGGUUCUUGCUAGAAAUCAUGCAGUCUCAUACUGGAAGGAAUUGCUUGGACCAUCCAACAGCCUAAGAGCUAGGAUAACUCAUCCUCACAGCUUAAGAGCACUCUAUGGGACUGAUGAGCUGAGGAAUGGGCUUCACGGCAGUCUCAGCAUCUCCUCAGCAGAGAAAGAAAUUCGAUUCAUAUUCCCAGAAGCAAUCUUGGAACCUGUUCCCACUGGGCAAAGAGCUCGGGAUUACCUGAACCUGUACGUGAAACCCACGCUGCUGGCCGGGCUCACUGCCCUGUACAAAGAGAAGCCAGCAGACCCCAUGAUUUGGCUUGCUGACUGGCUGAUUGAACACAAUCCUAAUAAACCUAAACUACAAUAUCGUGUCUCUGAGGAAGGGCAUCAGCAGUGAGAGGCUUGGUGGACAUCAUCUCAAGCAUUCCAGUUUACAGAUGUGUAUUUCGUCUCUGGUGUAUCCUUUGACKGUAUAACCAAUACUGUGUGAAGUAAAUGCACUUGUCAUAACUAUUUGUGUCUUCAUGGGAUAAAUAACCUUACAUUUAACCAUGUUGUAGUGGUUCUAGUACCUUCUCUACUGACAAAGUGAAUGUAGAUUGACAUGGUAAGUUUAUGGCAUUGGGUGAUUAGAAAAAGGSAAUGUUCUCAGUGGGUGUGACUUACUGUUUUUUCCCCCAUUUUGCUUGGUUUGGCUGUGUGGGAGUGCAAAGUCACUUAGAGCAGUGUGGAUUCCCGAACAACAUCCACCUGGCCUGUGCUUUGUGRAGCCAAGAGUUGUGUUUCAGCUAUUUUUUAGCAGACAUAAAUUCAGUUAUGAAGGRAGKUAUGUGGAUAUAAUGUARAAAAUAAUURCUGGAGGCAUAUUAGCAACUUUGAAAUUUUAAUUGCUGAUUACGUCACCCAGGCAAGGUUGCUCUUGAAGAUGAUUCACUUGAGUCUGAUGUAUUUUGUCAGAAYGUAAUUUGAAGGACUUAUUUGAAGAUACAUUGAAUGCACCUCUCCCAUCUUGGUGGCAAAAAGCUCAGUGAAUAUAAAUCACAAGAAGAUGGAUUUUAGUCAAGGGCCAAGGUUGUCUUGUAGCAUUUUUUUGCAAGAAUGGUGCUUAAUUGGAACAGCUGACCUUACGAGUGUUUCCUGUGUUAUCCUGCUACUAAAGGAAUGCAGAUUUCUGUUGUUUUCCUCAAACUUUCAAGGGUUCUGGUGAAGAAUUUCAAGAGAGUGCUCUUCCACUGACAACAGGUUAAUCCCAUGCUACUGCCUUUUAUGACGUAACUAAUUUUUUUGGGGGGGAUGUGGGGCUUUUUAAAUUUCUUCAAAGAGCUGUACUUAUGCUGUUAACUUCAAGUUUUGUAUCUUAUGGUUUGACUGGCUAGAAUGAAGAAAACUGUAAUUUUCAUAACUCUGAAAUAUGAGUAUGCUUGACUAAUKCUAAACAAACAAGCAAUUUCAUAAUUUGUUUCAUGAAAAAACUUGCUUCCCCAAUUUGAGUAAUUAUGAGAAACAUAAGUCAUUUGUCUGUAACAUCAAACCUUGUUUAAGUGAAUUGUUUAUCCUCUCAGUGGAACAAACCACUAUUGCCAGCCCAAAUAAUAAACAUUUAGAAACUGGUCCCUACAGUAUCAAGACCUAAAAUCUUGGGACUUCUAAGAUAAGGAAAAAAAAAGAAAGCCUAAACACUCAAAUAAUAAAGAAUAAAAAUAUGAGGUGGUUAGAAAUACAGUAAACAGAUCUGUUUACAACCAGUUUAUUUUGCCUAUAAUUAUUGUCCCCAUAUGUGUCUGAUUGCUCCCAGUACAGGAUGGUUGUGCUUUGUGGUUUCCUGUCAGCCAAAUAAAAAAAUCCAUUUUCUGAAGAUGCCAGAAAUUCAAAUUCUGUGAAUUCACAACACAUUUCCCUAUAUUUUGUUAGUUACUAUGACAGUUGCUUGCUUAUUUUGAUGUGAUACUGCUGGACAAUAAAUACAUCCUUUAUGUUA